AUGCGCAAAAAAUAUUGUCCGUGUAUUAUGGAGUCUGAAUGCAUAUGCUUCACUAUACCUGACGAGCUUACAAGUUUGACCUUAAUCGUGGAAUGUCAACGGUUGUAUGUUCACAAAGAAGUUUUGGCAGCUUGGUCGCCCGUUUUUAAAUCCAUGUUCACUAAAAAUUUCAAGGAAAAAGAGUUAAAUGAGAUUGAGCUGCCCGGAAAAAAAGUAGAUGAUUUUAUUGAAUUGUUACACUGCAUGUACCCGCCAAUUAAACAGAUAUCAGAUGCUAACGUAUACCAAUUAUUACCUCUGGCGGAAGAGUAUCAAAUAUCUGAAGUGAAAAAACGAUGUGAAGACUUUUUGCUCACCAAGCCUGGUUGCAUGGGAUUAUUAGUCACAGGACAGCUGUAUAACUUGCCUCAACUCAUUUCCAAGGCUCAGAGAAUGUUGAUCGUCCAUUACGUCGUUCGAACAUACUCGGGUCCUGAACUAUCUCUGGUAGUUACAUCGAUUAAAUAUUCAGCAUCAGGACACUGUCGAAAUGAUGAAAGAUGCAUCGACGCCGUGAGGUGCAAGAGUUUCACGGAACUGCAGAAAGAUCCCUUCUAUGAUAAAUUGCAUUCUGAAAACCUCAUUAACAUAUUGCAACUGCGGGUUUUAGAUCUUGAAGCUGCCGCCGAGCAGAACAAGUGA